AGAGCGGCGGCGCACGCUCGGCCCCCGCCCCUCGGCGCGGCGGGGACAGUGCCACGCCGGCGGCCUCCUCGGAGCGACAUGGGCCGCGGGCUGACCCUGCUGCUGCUGCUGCUGCCGCUGCUGGCGGCCCCGGCGCGGGCCGAGGGCGGCACGGCGGUGGCGGAGCAGGUUCAGAUAGAGGUGCUGCACCUUCCCGAGACCUGCAGCCCGAAAAGCAAGAAAGGCGAUCUGCUGAACGCGCACUAUGACGGAUUCCUGGCGAGCGACGGAUCCAAGUUUUAUUGCAGUCGGACACACAAUGAAGGUCAUCCAAAAUGGUUCGUUCUGGGUGUCGGACAAGUCAUAAAAGGGUUAGAUAUUGCUAUGAUGAAUAUGUGUCCUGGAGAAAAACGGAAAGUGACAAUUCCUCCAUCAUUAGCAUAUGGACAGCAAGGAUACGCACAGAGCAAGAUUCCACCCAAUGCAACACUGAUCUUUGAGAUUGAACUUUAUGCAGUAAAUAAGGGACCUCGUAGUGUUGAAGCAUUUAAUCAAAUAGACAAGGACGGUGACAAGAAACUCUCUGAACUUGAGAUAAGCCAGUAUUUGAAAGAAGAAUUUGCAAGAGAUGGCAAAAAACGUCAUGCCUCAGCCCACGAUGAAAUCUUAGCUGACAUAUUUAAGAAGAACGACCAUGAUGGAGAUGGCUUCAUAUCAGCAAAGGAGUACAAUGUCUACCAGCAUGAUGAACUCUAAGUACUUAAAAAAUCUUUGGCUGUUUUCUGGACACUCAAUUCUAAAUAAUAAUACUUUGUCACAGAAUUUUUGGGGUUUUUUUGUAGUGGAAUCUUUUUAUAUCUCUUAAGGUGACUGUAAAAAUUUUUAACAUUCAACUAAUAAAAUUGUUACAUAAAAUCGGAAAAUUAU